AUGACAAUUUUACGAAUUGUUGAAGAUUGCAAUUUUCUGGACAGAACCUGGAAGACAUUUUGGAAUGACUCCAAAUCGGUUAAGGGGGCCACAUUCACCCAAGCCCAAACAAAAGAAAAUAAGAUCCAUGGCUUGGAUCUACUUCGUCUACUAUCGGAGAAGCCGUGGCUACUCCACAAUCGAUGGGUGCCUCGUGACCAAGAUGUUGGGUACAGGAAUCAAGAUUUCAAUGACGACAGCUUUGAAGAUGAGUUAAGGUCCACCUCGGAGAAGCGGUCUGCGGUGGCCACGGCGCUGAACGGGCGCAGACGCCGGCAGCCCACGCCUUCGCUCGGUAAGGCAGUCGCGCCGUAUGUCGGCGUCGGUGUACUUAACGAUGUGGGUUCAUUCUUCGACUCGCUCAGAGACAACCUGGAGACGCUGGCGUCACUGUCACCAGAACAAAGGUCUACGCUAUUCCAGGAGCCACCAACAGUAGUGCACGCGCCUUCAUCUGGAGGAGGCGGUGGUGGAACUGGCAUGCGGCGCCUCCACGCUCUGAGACCUUUGCGUCCAACCGGUAAUAUCAGGUGA